CAAUGUCAAGUUUCAUAUUUAAAUGUCAUGGAGGAAAUGUUUACAAAAGAGUAGUUUCACUUUUAAUUUUAACCUUUAGUUUUAUUGUAUUUUAAAUAAAGUUUUAACGUUUAAGUUUUAUUUUAUAGUUUUUACUAUGUAUUCCCAAUGUGGAAGUAGUGGAUCUAUUCAAAAUAUUCAUCAAACACCGUCUUCAUCCAACCACAAUUCGGAAGAUGAAGAUGACAGCGGCGAUAACAAAGCGUCAGCAAUCAGCUUCAAAGAACGAAGGAGAGAGGCGCAUACUCAGGCUGAGCAAAAACGAAGAGACGCUAUAAAGAAGGGUUAUGACUCAUUGCAAGAACUUGUGCCCACUUGUCAGCAAACUGAUGCAUCAGGAUACAAGCCUAGCAAGGCAGCUGUACUUCAAAAGUCAAUAGACUACAUCCAGUACCUAUUGCAACAACGCAGACGACAAGAGGACGAGCGCAACGCACUGCGCAAAGACGUCGUCGCUCUACGCAUAAUGCAGGCCAAUUACGAGCAAAUUGUGAAGGCGCAACAUUCAGUGCCAGGCCACAGUGAACAGAGGCUUACUGAUCAAGACAAGUUUCUAGUGUUCCAGGGUGUAAUGGACAAGCUUUUCGACUCAUUCGAAUCAGUUCCAACAAACAACUUUGCAGAGUUCUCUGCAGGCGUUUUCAACUGGCUCGAGGAAUACUGCAAACCCCAGUCACUACGGACAUUAGUCCACGGCGUGCUGAGGGAACAAAGCUACACACCCUAGUUGCAAUUUAAAUUAAUAUUGAAUAGAAGCAGGUGUUCCAUUGUGGGUGUAUUGCGUACAAUGAAUAAUAAAUUUAUUUUGCUACACUCCGCGAACAACCAAUGAAUAUGGGAAUACCACUUAGUUCCCACAAAAAUUAAUAAUCCCCUCUAUACACGUUUCUCUCCAUCAUAAUCAUCAUUACCCUUAUUCGGCUCACUGCUGAGCUCGAGUCUCCUCUCAGAAUGAGAGGGGUUAUGCCAAUAGUUCACCACGCUGCCACAAUGCGGAUUGGCAGACUUCACAUACACACUCUCAGAAAAUUCUCUGGUAGGCAGGUUUCCUCACUAUGUUUUUCCUUCACCGUUUGAGACACGUGAAAUUAAAUUUCUUAAAAUGCACAAGACUGAAAAGUUGGACGUGCAUGCCCCGGACUGGACGGAAUCAGAGGUCAUAUCCACUGGGCUAUCAAGGCUCCUUUCUCUCCAAAUCGGAGCAUUGUAAGGGGAUGUUGACUAGAUAAUAUUGCAAAAGACAAUAUCGCAAGAAUGAAUUUUUAAAUUUUAGUGCACCACAAUAAUAAAAGAAUAAAAAAACAGUAUAAAAGGCAACCUUAUCGCUUAGUCGCUAUCUCUUGCAGGCAUCCUUGACAACAGGAAAACAUGACGUCAACGUAAUGUCGAUAUCCUGUAUAUUUUUUCUAUUUUAUAUUGUCAAUAUUCUUUCAUAGAAUCUUAGUGGAUCGCGCGUUAGUUGGUUGUUUGUUUUGUGCAUAAUAGCAAAAUAAAUUUAUUUAUUUCAACUUAUUAAAAUUAAUUUCAUAACAUCACAUAUGAAAGCCUUGCUGUAUUUUAUAAGGUUCCAUAGCCAUCAUAAGUGAUCAUUUUACAAGAAUUUAAUUUAAAUCAAAAAGAUUCUGGGAGGAUUAUUCACAUGAUUAAAAAACAAUUUUUUUAAUUGGUAGUUCAUAGGAUAUUUUCUUUCUAAUAUAUUAGUUUUUCUAAUAUAUUAUUAUAAUAUUAGUCUAAGGAUAAAGUUUCUACAGAACUUAUUGUCUAUGGAACCUUGACUUGAUAUUUGCCUUCACUUAAUUUUGUUAUUUCUUUGUGAAUUUGUUGUUAUGUUUAUAUCAUUUACUUUGCCAUCAUAUUAUAAGAAUAAAAAGAACAAUGUUUCUGCGAAUUUAUAUUCAUGGAGAUGUUUGUUAUAAUAAGUAGUUUAUAUAUCUUAACUUAAUGAAUAGUGAAAGUACUAAAUUCUAUAUUUUUGAUAAAUGUUAAGCAGCCCACACAGGUAUAGUAUGCGCGUUAUCAUCUGAGUCGUCCGGUCAUAAAAGUCAAAAAAGAUAGGAAUGUGCAGCGCGCCUACCUGCGCACCCUAAUUAUCGAUAAACGGCUACCUGCGCACGUGCUAAUGAUGAGUCAAUAAUGAUUUGGACGAUUCUGAUUGGUCGGUUUCUAAUGUAAUUGCAUUGCGUAUUUUUUUUGCUAUAAAUGUGUUUACUGCAAUUAAAUAAAUACAUUCAUGUGUUACUCGUUGCGCACUAUGGAUACUUUAUUUUCUAACGUUGAUCUGAAGAAAUUACAUGGCGAUAUUAGCCCUCAAGCUCGAACACUGAUUCACAACGUAUUCCUGUUUCUCAAUGAAUUGAAAAGUGAUCCGAAUAAAGUGGCUUCUCUAAAUUUCAACAAACCACGUGAAAUGGCCGCAUUUGUUUGUGGUGUGAGCAGAGCGACAGUGGACCGAAUCAAGACGGAAGUAUCACAAUCAGGCAGUACCUGUAUACCAAGAACAAAUUUUAAGAAACCACAAACCGUCACUAAUAUUGACGAUUUAGACCAUCUGGCAAAUGAACGAGGUCAUGAAGUAAUAAGGCUCCCUCCAUAUCACUGUCAAUAUAACCCAAUAGAAUUAAUUUGGGCACAAGUAAAGGGAGAAGUUGCGAAGAAUAAUAAUACCUUCAAGAUAGCAGAUGUCGAAAAUCACCUCCACCGAGCCAUAGAAAAUGUCACACGAGAAGACUGGGCCAAAUGUGUUAGGCAUGCCGAAGAACUUCAAAACAAAGAUUUACAAAAAGCUCUAAUUAGAGAUCACGCGCCGCUUAUAAUAAAUUUGGCAGAAGACGAAGAUUCUGAUGAUGAAGACUCAGAUGAAGAUUAAUUUUAUUUAGUUAAUAAUUAUAUAAUAUGAAAUAUGUAUUAUAUUAAAUCAAAUAUUGUUAAUUUUUUUAAUUUUGUGAACAAGAUACGAUAAUAAACUUUACUUAUCGAUAAUAUGUCUUUCAUUGUUACACCCUUCACUAGACGGCUCCAUAAGACCCAUAAGUGCAAGCGAGAUAGAUAUAGAGAAAUGAUUUAUGGCCCUAAGACUCAGUUGUUAACGCGCGUACUAUAGUUAUUAUGAUAAUAUGUAAGGUUGGCCCACAUAAAAAUAAUACUGUAAUGUUGCAGGGGUAUGACUUUAGGCAACCUUACGUAAUGUUGCAAGGGUAUGACUUUAGGCAACCUUACGUAAUGUUGCAGGGGUAUCACUUUAGACAACCUUACGUACUGUUGCAGGGGUAUUACUAUAGACAACUUUACGUAAUGUUGCAGGAGUAUGACUUUAGACAACCUUACGUAAUGUUAUAGGGGUUUGACUUUGGACAACCUUACGCAAUGUUGCAGAGGUAUGACUUUAUACCUUACGUAAUGUUGCAGGGGUAUCACUUUAGACAACUUAACCCUACAUUACAUAUUCUCAAUAAUAUUGAGAAUGUUAUUAACUGUGUGUGGACACCCUUAAACAAUAUGGGAUCACAUAGAUUUAGACAAUAAAUUACUAUAAAGAAAUAAAAUCGACUUCAUAUCAAUGUGCACAAAAUAAUCAUGUAAUAUUUAUAAUGUGCACUAUAUCGUUUAUAUUUAUUUAAAUUUUGAAAGUAUAUAAUUGUUGAUAAUAUUUUUUACUAAAUUGAUAUUUUUAUAUGGUUAGUAAAAUUAAUGAUGUGCCUAUCAUUGUGCAUUUUAGUAAUAAGGUCAAAUGUAAUUAUUAUCCGUUAUUUGUGUAAUGACAUUCGACAUUUAUUUGUUAUAUUAAUAUCACAGAUCAGUGAUAUAGUACAUAAUAUUAUUAAUAUUUUGUUGUGUAUAUUACUUCUAACAUUUGCCUUUGGUCAAUAUACUUGAAUAUUUUACAAA